UUUUUGCAAGGUUAACCGAGAAAUUUGAGUUGCUCUUUCCUUUGCACUGUUGAAAUAUGUGAAGCACUUUCCCAGUGCCUAUUGUUUGCCUUAACCACAGACAGCUUUAGGUAGUUUGCUUCUUAGUUCAUUUAGGGGAAACUGCUGCUAAGGGCAGUGCAACCAGGUAUCUAGUACUUCCUUAAACUUCUUAGUAAAAGAAAUAGCUUCUUGAAGAUAUUUAACAAUGUUAAAAUGCUGCCUUCUUUUGUUCAUUUUUGGACUAAUGCUUCUUGGAAAGUGUGUGCUUACAGCAGGUGCACUUUCCCAUCAGAUGUCAAGCGUUUCUGCAUUUGAAAUCAUCAUCCCUCAGCGUUUGAUGGGUAGGGAGAAACGUAACACACAUUUCCCUGAGGAACAUUCAGAUGACAAUCUCUCUUAUUCAGUUCAAACUGAAAAUGGAACAUACAUCCUAGAACUAAAGAAAAAUAAAAAGCUUGUUAGCGAAGACUUUGUGUUAAAUACAUAUAGCAAAAACGGGCAGUUGGAGGCUACCCAUUCAAAAAUCAAGACACACUGUUAUUAUCGUGGUGUUGUUGAAGGAGUUGCUGAGUCUAUGCUAGCCCUUAGCACAUGUGAUGGCCUUAGGGGAAUCCUCUAUGUUGGUGACAAAUCGUAUGGAAUAGAGCCACUUGAUGGAUCAGCUACAUUUGAACAUAUGUUUUAUCAGUUAGAACAUGCUCAGCAAACCCCUUUCCUGUGUGGUGUGCCCAAUGACAGCCUGCACCAUGAAAUACAUGUGAAGAAUUUUCUCCUGCAUUCAGAAGUUUCACAUGCAAAUUUUAGUAGUGAAAAGCUUCUUAGGAAAAAGCGAUCUGCGUUGCCACAGAAAAACUAUGUGGAACUCUUUGUCGUUGUGGAUAACAACAGAUACUUGCAGAAGUUGUCCAAUGCUACAGCUGUGCAAAAGGAAGUAGUUGAGCUGAUUAACUAUAUUGACGGGAUGUACAGUGCACUAAACAUCCAGAUUGUCUUGGUUGGGAUAGAAAUCUGGUCAGACAAAAAUCGCAUAGCAGUAAUGGAGGGUUCAGCUGGGGAUGUGCUGCAAAGAUUUGUUUCUUGGAGAGAGAAAGAUCUCCUUAAACGAUCGAGAAAUGAUGCUAGCCAUCUCAUAAUAGGGAGAGAUUCCUUUGGUGGAGCUGUUGGAAUGGCUUUUGUAGGUGCAAUCUGUUCUCAGGUCCAUGGAGGCUCAAUCAGCACUUUGAAUCAUGACAAAGUAUUAGGUCAUGCGACGGUAGUUGCUCAUGAACUUGGGCAUAACCUGGGUAUGAAUCAUGAUGAUGGAAGAUGCCCCAAAUCGUUCAUUAUGUUCAGUACAGCUAAUGGAUCCCAAAAUUUCAGCACCUGUAGUGCCAAGGAUUUUGAGAAUCUGAUUCUGAAUGGUGGAGGAAACUGCCUUAAAAAUCCUCCAAAACCAAGUGACAUAUACACAGAACCUAACUGCGGCAAUGAAAUAUUGGAUAAGAACGAAGAAUGUGAUUGUGGCAAACCAGAGGAGUGUACUAAUCCUUGCUGUGAUGCUGCAACCUGCACACUUAAGUCUGGAUCACAGUGUGCUGAUGGGCUGUGCUGUGAAAAUUGCAGGUUUAAGGUAGCAGGAGUAGAAUGCAGACCAAAAAUGGAUUUCUGUGAUCUUCCUGAACACUGCAAUGGAACAUACCCAUAUUGUCCAGAUGAUGUCUAUAUCAUGAAUGGAUACCCAUGUAACAACAUGAAAGAAUACUGCUAUUAUGGGGUUUGCCAGGAUUUUGAUUCACAGUGUAAAUCUUUAUAUGGAAAAGGGGCAAAAAAAGCACCUGAUGAUUGUUUUAAAAUAGCCAAUAUUAAGGGAGACCGAUUUGGAAACUGUGGAAUGUCAGGAGGACAGUAUAGAAAAUGUCCAGAUGAACACAGUUUGUGUGGCAAACUUCACUGUACAUCUGACAGUUUACAAAAUCUUCCUGCUUGGACUCUUUUCAACAACUUGACUGGUGUGGUAUGUCUGACUACUGACUUUGAUCUAGGGUCAGAUUUCCCUGAUCCAGCUCAAGUUCAUGCAGGAACUGCAUGUGGAGAAGGGAAGGCCUGCAUAAACUUUGAAUGUGUUAAUGCAAGCCGGCUGGGUUACAGCUGUGAUGUAAAGCAGAAGUGCAGUGAUCGUGGUGUGUGCAACAACCAUGGCAACUGUCACUGCAACUAUGGAUGGGCUCCCCCUUUCUGUGACAGAUCAGGUUAUGGUGGCAGUAUUGACAGUGGUCCAACUCAUAUAGAUACAUCACUUCGAGAUGGCCUGCUUGUGUUUUUCCUACUUGUAGUUCCAGUUUUGAUUGGUAUUGUCAUAGCAUUCAUCAAGCGAGAUGCAAUUAAAAGGAAGUUUUGCAGGAAAAGCAGAAGACAACCCAGGGCUAACAAUACACAGCAAGGAAGACAAAGUAAUGGACCAAACCUGAAUGCCACAAGAAAUGAUUGGCCUGCAACAUCAAAUUCUGGGAUGUUCACAAUAUCACAUUUUCCUAAUCCAAGGCAGCAAAUACCAAGUCAGUUCCCUGCAGUUCCUCCAAGACCUCCAAGACCACCAGUCCCACCUAGACCAGUUGUCUGAAAAGCCUUCUGUGUGGUCCUCACAAAUUCAUCCAGGUGUCUUGAACAACAUGAAAAAAUGUGUCAAAGGGAAAUUAAUGAAAUCUUGCUAUUUUUCUUAUCCCUGUUUCCUAUAUGAAGGUCUCAAUCCUACAAUCCUUACAGUUAAAUCUCGCAUUGAAACACUAUCCUGUUUCAUUAGAAAAGGACUGGUUCUGGGAUGCAGGGCAUGUAACAUGCAACUACUAUUCACUGUAAUGAAGGAGUUGUGUGCACUCAGGUCCUUCCAGGUAUUUUUUUAUCAGAAGACACAAGGGCCAGCACUUCUUAGGUUGUAUAAAACUACAAUACAAAUAACAGUGUCUUCCAAAACCUAACUUCUUGAAAGCACAGCACAGAAUUUGCAGGCCAGAGAGUGGGAAAUUUAUGGUCAGUAUUAGCCACCUGGAGUAUCAUCCUGAUCUUAAACUACUGUUCGAUUCCUGAUAUAAUUUAGGCAGCAGAGACUUAACUGCCUCCAAGCAGCAGUACUAUCUGGAAUCUUUGCAGUGCCAGUGCUGUGUGUGUUAUGGCCAAACCCCCAUUUUAUGCUGAGUUUUCCAAAAUGAUUCUUGGAAGGUGGCCUCAGAGCUCUCUCCCCCAGGACCCAUUAUAGGCUGAAUCCUCCCAACAUCCAGCUCAAGGGCCUUUAGGAUGCUCCACCCUCUCUCCACUGUGUAAGGGGACCAGAGCAGAGGUAAGGACCUCAUCCCUUUCCUUUCUUAUUAGCAACACUACUGUUACAUUCAGCUGUUCUAAGCAAAAAAGAUCCUGAUGAAGGGAAUAAGAUGAAGGACUACUGCUCUUUAAACAAACUGCUAUAAAAUGAGCUAAGCUAAGAGGCCUUAGCAUUUCUUUUUUAUUUAUUUUUUUCAUAUAUUUGUGUUCAGUAGAUACCAGGAAAAAUCUGUAACUCUAUACUAAAUAUUUGCUGGCAAUUACAGAGAAUUUUUUUUUCCUAUAAAUUCCUUUGUCCUCUGAAAGGGGCAGAUAAAUUUGCAAUCCUUUAUCUGACAAUCAGCAAAGGGCACUGACUUAAAAUAACUGAGAUUACCUUGGCAAAAUGACAGCUAAUGGAAUGGAAGCUGUGGAGAAUCUACUAUGUAUAAUGAAAGUGAAAACAGUGGAGAAAAGAGAGUAUGUUACAACAGAAACCUUCUCUUGUAUUUAAAUAUGCAAUGGCUCUAUGGAUGGUGGAUGCUCUUCGUGUGCGAAAUUUGGAAACAUGAACUAGCAUUACAAUUUACUGUAUUCUAAUCUAGACCAAUUUCCUAAGGGAAGUCCUUUAUAUCAGAGGUUCUCAACCAGGGGUCCAGGAGCUGCAAGCAGUUUUCAGAGGGUCCACUCAGCCUGGCCCUGCAUGGGGAAGAGCCUCCUUAACUCCCCAAGGCUGAGGCGAGCCCUGAGGAAGGAACAGGCCCCGCAGCCUCCAUCUUGUGGGUGGUGCUGUGGGCAGGCAGGCAAAUGAGGCUCCGCACUGCUGCUGCCCAGGUGAGUAGGGCCCCAGGGCUUCCCACCACUAAGACCCACCUGCUGCACCCGGGACUGUACAGUUGGGGCUGGGGAGCAGGGCAGUUGUUGUGUCACAGGUGGGCUGUGGAGUUUUUAUAGCAUGCUGGGGGGCACCUCAGGAAGAAGAAAGUUGAGAACCGCUGCCCAAUGUUAUUAUUUUACAACUGAACUGAGCAGAUCAACAGAAAAUCUGUUGCAGGGAAAAAUUCUGCACUGACAAGGGGCUGGAAUGGAUGACAAAUAUGUCUCUCUCCCACCCUAAUUUCUCAGGAUCUAGGGAAGCUGUGCAUUAUUAUAAAUGUUUAUUUCAGUUUUUAAUAAUAUGAAGUAAUAUUAUGCUGCCAAGAUCUUAGCACCAAUUAUGUCUGCAGGAUCAUGUUGUGAAAUAGGAAAUAUAAAAUUGACUGAAGACAGUUCUAUACCUUUGUAAUAUACACAGCAGGAAUUCGUAACUUCACACCAGCACUGAAAAAAAUGGUUCUGUGGAAAACUAACACUAUGUUUUAUUUCAAAACAGACAGACAGAAGUAACAAUUUUUGCCCAAUCUGGCCACAGAAAGAAGUUUGUAGCUGUGACCAAACACAAGUGCAUGACUGCAAACAGCUUCAAAAAUGGCAGAUCAGGUGAAAAUCUUACCCCUCAUUGCAUGAGGUAUCAGAUAAAGAUGUUUCAAAAUGUACUGUCUUCUGUGACUUGUGUCUACCCAGAGCUCCCAGCCUGUUGCUGUUUUUAAAAUGGGAGAGGGGAAAGGGAGCACAAGGAGUUCAGUCUGGGGGGUUUUCAGCCCCCUCGGAAGGUGGGGUGUGUGUAUUGGAGCCCCCCCUCCCCCCCAAAGUGUGUGUGGUAGGGGGCUCCAAUUCACCCAACCCAGCUUCAGCACCAGUUGGGGAGCCCCAAGAACGAGCUCUUUUGGCUGCCUUUCCUCUCUCCCAUUCUGAAAACAGCGAGCUCUGGCAGAGAGCUCUGGCCAUUGCUUUGGGAACCUGGUUGCAGGCUCCCAGCCCCAGGUAGAUUUCCCUCCCACAUGGAACCAACAGAGACCUUCUCUUUGGUCCGGGGGUAACCUCGUAACUCAGAACGCUUUGUAGAAAUUGUUGAGUUACAACUGGGAGCUGCACUUCUGUCUGCACCCAGAGUUUGGACAACAGUUCAUGUAGUUAAAUUCCUCUUUUACUGUGACACUUUACAAAAAGCUUGACAAUGGUUAGGCUAUCAACAUGCUGCAAUAACUGCUUAUCAUGCCAAAUGAUACUGGCAUGCAGUACCUGCUGUCAAGUACACAAGAGUGCCAGGGAUUCAGUGUAGACAUGUGCUAAUUUCCCUGUUCUCACUCUGUGUCUUUCCAUUUUUUCCAUUAGUCAUCUUGGGAAAUGGUUUUGGUGGGCUUUGUGUUUUUUUGGUUUUUUGCUUUUUGCAUUUGUACAUUACCUAGCACAAAGUGGUCUUGAUUAUGAUUAUUAGGUGCUACAGUGAUUCAAGCAAUAAUAUUGUAUUUACAUUUCUAUUUUAUGUGAAUAAUUGUGUUUUAAAGGAUUAUCUUAAGCAAUUCUGUAUAUGUAGAGAUGAGUGUAUUUUUGAGGAUUGCAGUGGCUUUAUUGUCAAAUGCAAAAGUACUACACAGUAAUCCUUUCAAGUGUUAUAUUUUACCUUAGCGCUGCAUUGUUAUUUAAAACAAAAUGUAUUUUUUUUUGUUCUUAAGUAUAAGACAUUUAGCAUGUGGAGGUAUGGAUGAGUAUUUAAAUGCAAUAUAUGACUAGGGAGUGUGCUAUUGUGUCCACUCUAACUCAGCAAUCAAAAUACACUUGUUAAUCCAUGUACAAAGUGAAUAAAAUAUUUUAAGUAAAAUGGAAGAAUAUUUUAAAUUACAGAAGGAAAUAUUUGUUCCUCAUUUAGAAAAUAAAGUUCUAUGAAAGCGUG